AUGCGAGAUGAGGCCUUUAAUGAAGAAGCGUUCAGAUUCGUGGUUUUAAUGAGUGGAUUAUUUUUAGUAUCGAGCCACGAGAUUGGCAUAAAUUUCUGCCCGUCGAUGAGGAAAAUUUCUACUAGCGCGCACGAGAGACGACGACCUAUUCAACACAGAAGAGCGACAAAGAAAAAUCCGCUUGUGCCGCCACAAGAGGAACUAAUGAGAAAUAAUGGUCCCCCUCCGGGAUUUUGCUAUUUAAAGGAUUUACUUAACCGACCACCGCCUCCUCCAAUUAAGAAGAAGAAGCGUCUCGGACCGCCACAAAAGCGGCCCAAGGUGCAGCUAAAGUUCAGAUCAGCACCGCUUCCCGAAUGGCCAGACGAACAGUUAUCAGAGCAACGACAAAGAUUGCUGGAAGCUAUGUCACCACUACACCAGCUCGAUCUUGAAAGGCUCAACGAGAUGCUGGAAAAGGAACAAAGCCAAUAUCUGCCGCCGGGUCUUCAGCGGAAUUUAGAGAAGCUGCUACCAAGGCGACUUUUGAAGGGUCGAGAAAGCAUGGUGGCAGAAUUGACCGCUGUUGCCGAGAGCUACCUGGAGCACGGCGCUCGUCUGUCCACGCUCCUCUACCGGCUGCUCGACCCUGAGUGGCGCGCGCAGCAACAAGUUCCGCGCUACCCUUGGCCGUGGCCGCAGCUGGUGGUGCGGGCACCCACCCCCUGGCACUGCAGCUUCCUCCUGAGCAGCCAGUUCUGCCGACACAACCUGUUCACUACCCACGUCGUGCUCCAGAAGUUGCAAUUUAUUUUCGAACAGCGUUUCAAUAACGCGCUUUUCGUGCCGCAAGACCGGCUGCGUCAGGAGGCGCCCCUCACGCCGCAGCAGCUGCAGGCGCGCGUUGAGCAGCUCUGCGCACAGGCAAAAUUGCUUCUGCUGAAAGAAUGGAUACCAGCUUGUGCGGAUGUGCUGAGCGAUUUGCGAGAGGAAUGGCGUUAUUUGGCACCAUCGAGGCGCGGCGAUACUCUGAGACACGUCCAGCGCUUCUUUGGGUGCAUCGCAGCGCUAAUGUCGCGUCAGUUGCGCUCGCUCACCCUUCGUUCAAUGCACCACCUCGCUGAGAUCUUUUUAUUUUACCAGGAUGGAAAUGAUUUCUCCCCUCCAUUUGACGACCUUGGCAUGCUGAAACCUUGCCUGCUGUUGCUCAACCUGGUCGCUGAUGAGGGCCACGUGAAAACCAACCCGUCCCGCGAGCAAGUUCUCGAGGUGGCCAAGUCGUGUUUGCUCUCCGUCCUGGAGACCGCUCGCCAACUGCCUCGACUCGAGCGAGUUCUCCUCGGCGAUGAAAACGGCGGCUUCCUCAGUCCGGUCGACGCUGCGGACGAGGAGGCGACCGCCUUAUUGUCGUCGGCCCUGACUGCGGUCGAUGCCAACAUGGCCGGAUCGGACAGAUACCUUCAGGUGUAUGCGCCACACCUGUGCCUGUUGGACGGAGGCGCGGAAAAAUCUCUCGACCAGUUUCAAGCGCAGGAGCCCACUCUUAAGGAAUGGGCCAAGUACAUCGAACGAAUGCAGAGUCUGAAGGUGGAGGUGGCCGCUCUUCAGAGAAUGAUUUCGCUGAAUAUGGUGCAGCUCGAGUGUGGAGGACUCAACGACCUUCUAUGGGAGCGGCUGGAGGCGUUGAGAAAUAGAAUUCUGGACCACCACGUCGCAAACAGCCGAGCGCAUAAUAGGAGAAUUUGCAACGAAUUUGAUGAGAUGUCAGAUAGAGCAGCCGUCCUUCCUGAGGAUACAGCCGGUUUGGUUAAUUUGACGCAGUACCUGACGCACUGCCAGGACGUGCGCAUGCACGAGCUCAGAAAAAUGAUCCGAACCGCAGCUGCAAAUCUGUCUUUCUUGGUUAGCUACGCGAUUUUUCCCUCCGAGGACAUCCAGUUAAACGCAAGAGUGUUUCUUUGGCCUAGAGAUAUGGAAGCUGUUUUCGCUAUCAGCAGACAGCGUUUAGCGCACAAAAGAGAAAUUGUGGAGGCAACUCUGCGUGAGCGAAAGAGCAACUUUGAGGCCGGCCUAGUGAUACACCAGCAUAGGCUUUCCGAGCUCCAGCGUAAAGAUCCUCCAAUUCUUACCCUUGACGAAAUGCGGGACAGCGUUCAAGUUGUGAACGCACUUGUUGAGGCCCUAGAGCGCGACAGGAGUGUCGCACAAGCGAUUAACGAGGAAGAAGCCUUGCUCAACUGGCUGCCUGCGCCGUUUGCAGAGCUCUAUCAAAUGAUUGAAGCAGUUCAGCCGUUCCAACUUCUUUGGUUGACGGUUUUGAAUUUUCACCAAAGUUACGACAAGUGGUAUUAUGGACCAUUCAAGGAGUUAAAUGCUAGCGAAGUCGAGGAAAAAGCGCGGAGCAUGCACGCUUCAUUAGUUAAGGUCGCGACUGCCCUGACAAAAACGCCAGGAUCAAAAAGGAUUGCCGAACUGACUCGCAGUAAACUGGACCAGUUCAUAAAUCUGCUCCCAUGA